AUGGCAGUUCGAGGAUGCAGACCGGGGACGACAGUGCAGAUGACGGAAGCAGAAAUUCAAGGACUCUGCCUCGAGGCACGGGAUAUCUUCUUGAGCCAGCCCAUAUUGCUAGAAUUGGAAGCCCCUCUUAUAAUAUGCGGUGACAUUCAUGGCCAAUACACGGACUUGCUUCGGCUUUUUGAAAUUGGAGGUUUCCCUCGCAAGGCGAACUAUAUUUUCCUGGGUAAUUAUGUGGAUCACGGGAAGCAGUCAUUGGAGACCAUCUGUCUGCUCUUGGCAUAUAAGAUCAAGUAUCCGAAGAAUUUCUUUCUCCUCAGGGGGAACCAUGAAUGUGCCAGCAUGAACAGAAUUCAUGGCUUUUACGAUGAGUGCAAAAGGAGGUACAACAUUAAAAUCUGGAAGAUGUUUACGGACUGUUUCAACUGCCUCCCCGUUGCGGCCAUCGUAGAUGAAAAAAUCUUCUGCUGCCACGGAGGGCUCAGCCCUGAUCUCCAGUCCAUGGAGCAAAUCCGUCGUAUCAUGAGGCCCAUUGAAGUUCCUGAUACAGGCCUUUUGUGCGAUCUCCUCUGGUCGAACCCUGACAAAGAUGUCCAAGGGUGGGGAGAGAAUACUAGUAUAGAAGAUGGUGAUGAAAGUGUGUCCUUCACAUUUGGCCCUGAUGUUGUGACAAAGUUCCUCAACAGACACGAUCUAGAUCUCAUCUGCCGAUCCCAUCAGAUCUGGAAGCCAUCAGAAAGAAACGCUGAGGAUGAAACAACCACCUUGAAGCCAUGCGAGAAGAAAGUCGUGGGAGAAAUGUCCUCCUUGAAGCUAUCAGAGAAGAAAACCGGAGGAGAAGGAUCCCCAUGAAAGUUUACUUAGAGGAUUUAUCCAGUUUUAAGCCAUCAGGAAAAAAAUACUGCGCCACCAAUUGACAAUGCCGGCAUGACCAGCGAUUUCACAUUUUCUGUCUGCCCCAAGUAAGAGAAGUCAAUGAUAUACGUGUCGUUCAUGGUGUUGGAGAGACUUCCCAUCAUCGGUUUCUCACCUCGUUCAUCGAGCAAUCCUCGAACAAAAUUCCGUUGCACAUUCCAUAUGGUGAGUGAGUGAACGAAAUAAUGUUAAGGUAUUUUGCCGUUCUUUUUGCCUGGCGACGCGAAUGAGUUCUUCAUAUCAUGUCUCUCGAGUUUGCAUAUAAAUUUCUUCGUCGUUGUUAUGGAAAA